AUGAGCGUGAGGCGGUGCAGAAGAAGACCUUCACCAAGUGGGUGAACUCACACUUGUCCAGAGUCUCCUGUCGCAUCACCGACCUCUACAUGGACCUGAGGGACGGACGCAUGCUCAUCAAGCUGCUGGAGGUCCUAUAUCCAAACGUCAACAUCCACAACUUCACCACCAGCUGGAGGGACGGGAUGGCCUUCAACGCCCUCAUCCACAAACACAGACCCGACCUGAUCGACUUCGACAAGCUGAAGAAAUCAAACGCUCACCACAACCUGCAGAACGCUUUCAACCUGGCCGAGCAACAUCUGGGCCUCACCAAGCUGCUGGACCCCGAGGACAUCAGCGUGGACCACCCUGAUGAAAAGUCCAUCAUCACGUACGUGGUGACGUAUUACCACUACUUCUCUAAGAUGAAGGCGCUGAAGGUGGAGGGGAAGAGAAUCGGAAAGGUCCUGGACAACGCCAUCGAGACGGAGAAGAUGAUCGAGAAGUACGAGUCUCUGGCGUCGGACCUUCUGGAGUGGAUCGAACAGACCAUCAUCAUCCUCAACAACAGGAAGUUCGCCAACUCUCUGGUGGGCGUCCAGCAGCAGCUUCAGGCCUUCAACACGUAUCGCACCGUGGAGAAACCGCCAAAGUUCACAGAGAAAGGAAACCUGGAGGUUCUGCUGUUCACCAUCCAGAGUAAGAUGAGAGCCAACAACCAGAAGGUUUACACUCCACGAGAGGGAAAACUCAUCUCUGACAUCAACAAGGCGUGGGAGCGUCUGGAGAAGGCGGAGCACGAGCGCGAGCUGGCUCUGAGGACGGAGCUGAUUCGUCAGGAGAAACUGGAGCAGCUCGCCCGACGCUUCGACCGCAAGGCCGCCAUGAGGGAGACGUGGCUGAGCGAGAACCAGCGGCUCGUCUCUCAGGACAACUUUGGACUCGACCUCCAGGCCGUGGAAGCUGCCACUAAGAAACACGAGGCCAUAGAGACGGACAUUGCAGCGUACGAGGAGCGAGUUCAGGCGGUGGUUUCCGUGGCGAAGGAGCUGGAGGCGGAGAAUUACCACGACAUCAAACGCAUCACGGCGAGGAAGGACAACGUGAUCCGGCUGUGGGAAUAUCUGCUGGAGCUGCUGAAGGACCGACGCCACCGGCUGGAGCUGAACCUGGGUCUGCAGAGAGUGUUCCAGGAGAUGCUCUACAUCAUGGACUGGAUGGACGAGAUGAAGAUGCUGCUGCUCUCUCAGGAUUAUGGGAAACAUUUGCUGGGUGUCGAGGACCUGCUGCAGAAACACGCUCUGGUGGAGGCCGACAUCGGCAUCCAGGCCACUCGAGUCAAAAACGUCAACAGCAACGCUCAGAAGUUCGCCAGCGACUCCGAGGGUUAUAACCCGUGUGACCCACAGAUCAUCAGGGAUCGAGUGGCUCACCUGGAGUUCUGUUACCAGGAGCUGAGUCAGCUGGCGGCUGAACGGCGAGCUCGCCUCGAGGAGUCCCGUCGCCUCUGGAAGUUCUUCUGGGAAAUGGCUGAAGAGGAGGGCUGGAUCCGGGAGAAGGAGCAGAUCCUGUCCUCCGAGGAUUAUGGGAAGGAUCUGACGGGCGCGCUGAGACUGCUGAGUCAGCACAAAGCCUUCGAAGACGAGAUGAGUGGGCGAGCUGCUCAUUUACAGCAAACCAUCAAACAGGGAGACGAGCUGGUGGCCAACAACCACUUUGGAUCCGAUAAGAUUAAAGAGCGAAUCCAGGACGUCCAGGAGCAGUGGGCAGCUCUGGAGCGUCUCUCUGCCGUCCGUAAAGCUCGUCUGCAGGAGGCCUGUAACCAGCAUCAGUUCCAGGCCGAUGCUGACGACAUCGACACGUGGAUGCUGGACGUGCUGCGGAUCGUCUCCAGCGUCGACGUCGGCCACGACGAGUUCUCCACCCAGGCUCUGGUAAAGAAACACAAAGACGUUGCCGAGGAGAUCGGCAGCUACCGGCCCGUCAUCGACGCUCUGCACGAACAGUCCCGCACGCUGCCGCCCGAGAAGGCCGACUCUGAGGAGGUCCAGAGCCGGCUCGCAGGAAUCGAGGAGCGAUACAAGGAGGUGGUGGAGCUGACGCGCCUCAGGAAGCAGGCGCUGCAGGACGCUCUGGCGCUCUACAAGAUGAUGAGUGAAGCCAGCGCCUGCGAGGUGUGGAUCGAUGAGAAGGAGCAGUGGCUCAACAGCAUGGAGAUCCCCGAGAAACUGGAGGACCUGGAGGUCGUCCAGCACCGGUUCGAGAGUUUGGAGCCGGAGAUGAACAACCAGGCGUCCCGGGUCGCCGUGGUGAACCAGAUUGCCCGGCAACUGAUCCACAGCGGACAUCCCAGCGAGAAGGAGAUCAAAGCCCAGCAGGACAAACUCAACACCAGAUGGAGUCAGUUCAGAGACCUGGUGGACCUGAAGAAGGACAGCCUGAACUCGGCUCUGGGAGUCCAGAACUACCACCUGGAGUGCAACGAGACCAAGUCCUGGAUCAAAGAGAAGACCAAGGUCAUCGAGUCCACUCAGGAGCUGGGCAACGACCUGGCCGGCGUCAUGGCUCUGCAGAGGAAGCUGACGGGAAUGGAGCGCGACCUGGCCGCCAUCGAAGACAAGCUGGGAGACCUGGGAAAGGAAGCGGAGCGUUUGGCCUCCGAACACACGGAGCAGUCGGACGGCAUCAAGGGACGUCUUGCUGAAAUCAGAGACGUCUGGGACGAGAUGAAGGACACCAUGAAGAACCGGGAGGAGUCUCUGGGCGAGGCCAGCAAGCUGCAGCAGUUCCUGCGCGAGCUGGACGACUUCCAGUCGUGGCUGUCGAAGACGCAGACGGCCAUCGCCUCCGAGGACAUGCCCAACACGCUGACCGAGGCCGAGAAGCUGCUGACCCAGCACGAGGGCAUCAAGAACGAGAUCCGCAACUACGAGGAAGACUACCAGAAGAUGAGGGACAUGGGCGAGAUGGUGACGCAGGGCCAGACGGACGCGCAGUACAUGUUCCUGCGGCAGCGGCUGCAGGCGCUCGACACCGGCUGGAACGAGCUGCACAAGAUGUGGGAGAACCGACAGAACCUGCUGUCUCAGUCGCACGCUUAUCAGCUGUUCCUCAGGGACACCAAGCAGGCCGAGGCCUUCCUCAACAACCAGGAGUACGUCCUGGCUCACACUGAGAUGCCCACCACUCUGGAGGGCGCCGAGGCCGCAAUCAAGAAGCAGGAGGACUUCAUGACCACCUUGGACGCCAACGAGGAGAAGAUCAGCGGUGUGGUCGACACCGGCCGCCGCCUUGUAGCUGACGGAAACAUCAACGCCGAGCGCAUCCAGGAGAAGGUGGAUUCCAUCGACCAGAGGCACAAGAAGAACCGAGCGGCUGCCAGUGACCUGCUGAUGAGGCUGAAGGACAACAGAGACCUGCAGAAGUUCCUGCAGGACUGUCAGGAGCUGUCCCUGUGGAUCAACGAGAAGAUGCUGACGGCCCAGGACAUGUCGUACGACGAGGCCAGGAACCUGCACAGCAAGUGGCUGAAGCACCAGGCCUUCAUGGCCGAGCUGCAGUCCAACAAGGAGUGGCUGGAUAAGAUCCAGAAGGACGGGCAGACGCUGAUGUCGGAGAAACCAGAGACGGAGGUGAUGGUCAAAGAGAAGCUGGCGUCCCUGAAGACGAUGUGGGACGACCUGGAGUCGACCACCCAGACCAAGGCCAAGUGUCUGUUCGACGCCAACAAGGCCGAGCUGUUCACCCAGAGCUGCGCCGACCUGGACAAGUGGCUGGGCUGCCUGGACGGACAGCUGCAGUCCGACGACUACGGCAAAGACCUGACGUCCGUCAACAUCCUGCUGAAGAAGCAGCAGAUCCUGGAGAGCCAGGUGGAUGUGCGUCAGAAGGAGGUGGAGGAGCUGCAGGGUCAGUCGCAGGCUCUCAGCCAGGAGGGGAAAGGCUCCGAGGAGGUGGACGGACAGAGGAUCAGCGUGGAGAAGAAGUUCAACUCGCUUCAGGCGCCGCUGAAGAAGAGACGAGACAACCUGAUGGCGUCCAGGGAGAUUCACCAGUUCAACAGGGACGUGGAGGACGAGAUCCUCUGGGUGGAGGAGAGGAUGGCUCUCGCCACGUCCACCGACCACGGACACAACCUGCAGACUGUGCAGCUGCUGAUCAAGAAGAACCAG